GAAGCUAUAUCGCCAUUGACUCGAAUUGUCGUAUAGUGUUCGCUCUGUUUUUAUAGCUUGCAGAGUCAAGUGCCACUCACUGGAGCUACAAUUAGUAUUGCCAACACCCCAACUUUGCAAGUUCAUCCCCAUCACCGCCUUCUCUGUGUACCCUCCGCCACCUCGACUCGCCACCCCGCGGGUCCCCUAUCACACGUGUCUGCGCAAGUGGACAUCGCGUCCCUACAUUUUAUAUACCUCAUCCAUCCAUAUCUUCUCGUCCCUAUUCCCACCUAUAUACACAUCCAUCCUCGAAACGAUGCCCAUCCCAUCCCGUCCCAUCCCUAACCCCCGCCACCGUCAGCGGCCUACCCGUCCCGGCACUGCCGUGCCUCGCAAAUCACUUUCCGCCACCCCGCAGAAUACUGCCGACUGGCGUGCCGAGAUGGCAUUACUGCCAGAGGUCGGUCCAAAGAGCGUUCCGAUGAAGUUGAGUGGGUCGAUGGGCAGGGAGGCGAAAGAGUUGAGUAGGAGUGUCGAGGGGAAGAGGGACGUUGGUUUAGAGCGGCUUAUCAUGGAUGGCAGGGAUAGGAGGGGAAAGAGGGCUACGACAGCAACCACUCUUGGUUUUGAUUUUGUCACCAAUCCCCAAGUCAUCGCACUGUCCGAAGGCGAAAUCCCCAACGCUCCUGACGACCUGGUGCCUAAACCCAUCAGCCUGCUCACCACUACCAAAUCAGCAUCCACUCAUCCCGAUUCCACCUCUCGCGCGUUGUCCAACACUCCCACCACCCCAGCUCUUCUGGCCACUCGGUCAGAUUCAGAUGGGGAAGAUGAAGAUGAUCAUGGAGAUGAUGAUUGGGAACAUAUCUCUGCAUUGAGCCGUGCGGAGCAAGUAGAGGAGAGAGAUGAGAAUAUGUGUAGUGAUGGUGAAGAAGACGUGAUCGUACUGGGGGAGAUGGAGAUGGAGGAGGAUAUGGCUCACUUGGAACUCGGGCCGAAGAAUAAGGACGAUAAGAAUACUAAGAAAACAGUCGUCACAAAGGAGGAAAAGCACAAGAGCUACGCGGCGGUCGCGUUGGGCGUAUAAGUAAAACAUUUUGAAGACGGACGAUAUUGUAUUCUUGAUAGUAUCAUUUAAAUCAAUUUGUAUGAGAGCACAGACUAUCAACGUAUUGGUUAUGUACUUGUACUAUACGCUAGUGAUGCUAUGAUGCUAC